AUGAUAAAAAAGGUGGAACAUAUAAGGGAAGUUUUGUCAGUCCAGCCCGCGGUUAAAAAGGGCAAGACCGAGGAGAAAGACGUGAUUAGUUUCCCCACAAGGGACCUAGAGCGCAUUCAAAUGCCACAGAACGACGCCCUAGUGGUCACCCUCCACGUCAGAGAGUUUGAUGUCAAGUGCAUCUUGAUUGACCAGGGAAGCUCGGUUGAGAUUAUGUACUACGAUACGUUCAAGCAACUCAAACUCCGAGAUACAAACUUGGCUCCGGUAACUUCGCCACUGGUUGGUUUCAACUCGCAACCGGAGUGGCCUAUGGGAAAGAUAAUUUUACCGGUCAAAGCUGGAUUCGUGGUCAAGCAGGUGGAGUUCUGUGUAUUGAAGGUGCCGUCUACGUAUAAUUUGAUCCUCGGUAGGGGAUGGCUUCAUGCUAUGCAGGCUGUAGCGUCAACCCACCACCAGGUUAUGAGAUUCCCCUCAGCUAUGGGGGAAAUUGAGGAAAUUUGGGGCGAUCAAGUCAUGUCGAAGCAAUGCUUCGUGGUAGUGAACGGGAGCCAGGCUACCAAAGUCUUUGUCCAAAUGAUUGAAGGACCGGAAGGCUAG